ACAGUUUUUAAAAGCCAUAUGACGUUUUGAUGUAAUUCUAUUUAUUCGCAUUUUUUAAGGUUUAUUUGUAAAAAUACAAAACAUUAGCAAUAAAAACCGUAAUUUUAAGGGUGUUUAGUUAAUUAAACCAAGUAAGAAUGACUGUUAUAAAGCGCGUGCAACCAAAUUACAACUACCCAAAUUCUAAUCAAGCAUCUGAUACAGAAUCGUUAAAUUUGGGUAGUUUACCCGCCAGUGAUACAGAGUCAAUAAAUAAUGAACCUGUCACUGUGCCGAGGCUUUUACAACCACAAAAUAUUGGAAUAUCUAAUAUUGUAGACCUUGUACAUUUAAAGAAAGCUUCAGGCAAAAAGAAGUUGCGUAGAUAUCAAAACAGAUGUGUUUUGCAAACGUUGAAUGAAGAUGAUGAAAACGAUAAUACCAUUGUUAUGGAGCCUUACAGAAGUCCAUUUACCAGACUUCUGGAGGAUAAUUCCGCUUUAGCAUACUGGAAUAAUUUUAUCGAGAAAUCUGAGGAAGAACAGAAUAAAAUAAUGAAGGCUUACACGGAAAAAUGUAAUAAUAAUGAAGAAGCAUCAGAAAAGCCCUAUGGUAGAAUAUCAUCUAAAAUUAGAAGAACAAUCAAAAUAAGAAAAAAUUUGUCCUUGGAGGAUGUGAAGAGCUCCGAGGAUGAUUUAAUUAGUUUUUUUACGAACACACCCAAUAAAGUUUAUAUUAAACACCCACCAACUAGUUUUGAUAGGCUUUUACUACAUGCGAUUGCACAGUAUCAUAAGUUACAAUCUAUAAGUAUUUUAAAUGAAGAGAGUGCCAGAUCAAUCGAGAUUUUUACUUUGAAUGAAAACUGGACACCAGCUGAAUGUUUUCUUACCAACUUUAUUAUUCAAUUACGAAAAUAACAGGAGGUAUCAGGCACCUGAACAAGUUCAAAUAUAAAGAGUAGAAUGAAAAAAAUUACUGUGCAUUAGUUUUGGGUGGAUUUGGUUUUAACGUGAUUUUAGCUUGUAGUAUAAUUUUAUUUAAAUGUGUGAAAAGCUGUGCUUUUUUUUUGAUAGUUUAUUUUAUGAUCAAUUACUAAUAGGGUUGUUUCUACCAAGCAGGGACAUGCGCACUCACGUAUUGCGCAUGUCACUUUUAUUCGACAGUCCAAAUGCUUGUCAGUAACAAACCUUGUCCGAUAUUACGCAUAAUAAGUAAAAAAAUUCUAACUCU